AGUCCGACUCCACUCUCAGAUACCGGCAGUGUUACUUUGAGGGGUUGUAGAAUUGUACAUUUAAUUAAAAAAAAACACAUUUCUUUUGGGAGGAGGGUUAAAGGGGGGGAGGAGGGGUCGAAGGCAAAGUGACAGCGAACAUGGCGGCGGCACCGAAGCGACAGGACACUCGGAAAUUCAUCGAGAAUCUGUCCGGCGCAGGGAAAUCCAUCGCAGUGCUCACGAGCGGAGGAGACGCGCAAGGCAUGAACGCGGCGGUCCGGGCCGUCGUCCGGAUGGGCAUCUACGUGGAGGCCAAGGUCUACUUCAUCCACGAGGGCUACCAGGGGAUGGUGGACGGAGGUGACAACAUCAAAGAGGCGACGUGGGAAAGCGUCUCCAGCAUGCUGCAAGUGGGCGGCACGGUCAUCGGCAGCGCCCGCUGCAAAGAGUUCCGCGGCCGCGAGGGCCGCUUGAAGGCCGCGCACAACCUGGUGCAGCGCGGCAUCACCAACCUGUGUGUGAUCGGCGGAGACGGCAGCCUGACCGGCGCCAACCUGUUCCGGGAGGAGUGGAGCGGCCUGCUGGAGGAGCUGCUGCAGCAAGGUCUAAUCGACGAGGAGGCGGCCCGCAGUAACUCGGAGCUCCACAUCGUCGGCAUGGUCGGCUCCAUCGACAACGACUUCUGCGGCACCGACAUGACCAUCGGCACCGACUCGGCACUGCACCGGAUCAUCGAGGUGGUGGACGCCAUCAUGACCACCGCUCAGAGCCACCAGAGGACAUUUGUGCUGGAGGUCAUGGGCAGACACUGCGGAUACCUGGCCCUGGUCAGUGCCCUGGCAUGCGGAGCGGACUGGGUUUUUAUCCCAGAAAUGCCUCCUAAAGACGGCUGGGAGGACAGCAUGUGUCAAAAACUGUCUGAGAACCGCGCUGAUAAGAAAAGGCUGAACAUUAUUAUUGUAGCUGAGGGAGCCAUAGAUUCCCACAACAAGGCAAUAACUCCUGAUUAUAUAAAGGAUCUGGUUGUACGCUGCCUGGGUUUUGACACCCGGGUCACCAUCUUGGGCCACGUGCAGAGAGGUGGGACCCCCUCUGCCUUUGACAGGGUCCUGGCCAGUCGUAUGGGCGUGGAGGCGGUGCUGGCGUUACUGGAGGCCUCGGCCACCACCCCGGCCUGCGUUGUGUCUCUGGUUGGCAACCAGGCAGUUCGACUUCCACUUAUGGAGUGUGUUCAGAUGACCCAGGAGGUUCAGAAGGCCAUGGAUGAGAAGAAAUUUGAAGAGGCAGUGAGACUGCGUGGCAGUAGCUUUGAAAACAAUCUGAGCACCUACAGACUCCUCUCCAACCGGAAAGCAGAUUCUGAGCUUCCAAAUAGCUCCUUCAACGUCGCCGUGCUGAACGUCGGCGCCCCGGCGGCGGGUAUGAACGCCGCCGUGCGCGCCGCCGUCAGAGUGGGAAUCACCGAGGGCCACAAAAUGUUCGCGGUCAGCGACGGCUUCGAGGGAUUCUACAAGGGGGAGAUCAAGGAGAUCAAGUGGGGAGAUGUCGGGGGUUGGACCGGCCAAGGAGGCUCCCUGCUGGGCACCAAGCGAACUCUUCCAGGCAAACAUCUGGACAAGAUUGCUGAGCAGAUUAAGAUCCAUAACAUCAACGCUCUGCUGGUCAUCGGAGGAUUUGAGGCCUACGUGGGAUUACUGGAGCUUUCUGCUGCGCGGGGCCAAUACAGCGAGCUGUGUGUGCCCAUGGUCAUGGUCCCCGCCACCGUCUCCAACAACAUACCUGGUUCCGACCUCAGCAUUGGCUCAGACACCGCGCUGAAUGCCAUUACUGAUGCCUUCGAGUCCCUGCUGCAGCUGUACGAGGCCCGGCCCGGCUACGAGGAGCUUUGCAUCCCGAUGUGCAUGCUGCCUGCUACCAUUAGUAACAACGUGUGCGGCACCGACCUCAGUAUCGGCGCUGACACGUCCCUCAACGCCAUCGUGGAGACGUGCGACCGCAUCAAGCAGUCGGCCAGCGGCACCAAGCGGCGCGUCUUCAUCAUCGAGACCAUGGGCGGCUACUGCGGCUACCUGGCCAGCGUGGGCGGCCUGGCCGCCGGCGCCGACACCGUGUACAUCUACGAGGAGCCGUUCGACAUCCGGGACCUGCAGGCCAACGUGGAGCAUCUGACGCAGAAGAUGAAGACGAGCAUCCAGAGAGGCUUAGUGCUCAGAAAUGAGAACUCCAAUGAGAACUUCACCACUGAUUUCAUCUACCAGCUGUACACCGAGGAGGGAAAAGGGGUGUUCGACUGUAGGAAGAACAUCCUCGGUCACAUGCAGCAGGGAGGAGCUCCGUCACCGUUUGAUAGAAACUUUGGCACCAAAAUUGCCGCUAAAGCCAUCCAGUGGAUCACAAAGACGCUCAAGGAGUCUUACAAAGGAGGGCGAGUGUUCACUAACUCGGAGGACACGGCCUGUCUGUUGGGGAUGCGCCGCAGAGCUCUGGUCUUUCAGCCUGUGUCACAGCUCCGGGACGAGACCGACUUUGUCCACAGGAUCCCUAAAGAGCAGUGGUGGCUGAAGCUCCGCCCACUGAUGAAGAUCCUGGCCAAGUACAAGACCAGCUACGACGUGUCCGACUCCGGCCAGCUGGAACACGUGACCCGCGUGCGCCCCAGAGAGGCCUGAGACCCGGCGAGCGGAGGCCUCCAGACGGCGGAGGCCGCUACGCACACGCCUGCCGAUCCAUGGAAGUAGUUUUAAGAACGAGGCGAGAAGUCACGGGACUUUUCAAGGGGGGGGGGGGGGGGGGGGCUUCUAUUUUUGUUUAGAUAAUGACGGAGAAGAUUUAGAUGCCGACGGAUGACAUUGAGGGGGCAGGUCGGUUCAACAAAGUAUCCCCAAUAAUAGUUAUUAUACAAAUAUAUAUAUUUAAAAAAGCAUUGCUUAUGUACUAAAUAGUAUUAAAGUUUUAGUCCUUAAAUCAAGUUUAUUUUAUAACCUCCUAGUUGAAGCCGAGGUGGGUGACGUUCAGCUUUAUGUAUUGUUAUUAUGUUCUCCAGCACUUUGAGCCCCUAAAUCAACGAAAACCCCUCAAGCUGCUUUGAAAGAGAGAGAAUAUAUAAACGAGGAGGAUCACGUUGUCACGCCAACGCCUACCAACUUGAAUGUACACUGGAUAUCUGACCUACAGGAGCUGAGCUGUGUGUGUCUAUCACCGUCUGUAUCCACGUUGAUCUGUGUGUGUGUGUGUGUGUGUGUGCUGCAUCUUUAAGGUUAUUGUGAGUUGAAUGUUUUAACACCCGUACGCUACAUUACCUUUAUGUGCCCGUCAGUGUGAAGUUUGUGUCCUGUCAGAGUAAUAAAGCAGUUAUCGCGUGGAAAGUUA